UACCAUCGUCAGCGAGGUAUCGAUUUCGAAGAAGGGGUCAAACGUGGUUUUUGAUUAGAUUGAUGGCAUCCAUGGUGACUUGUAAGUCUUUGAUGGGUCGGCGAUUCCGUAAUGUCACCGCUACCGCUACAGCCCGUCUACAACAAGCAUUCUCGACAUCGCCCCCCACGGUUGCGCCUUCGUCGAAUUCGGCCCACGAACGAGUAGUUUUGGCCCUGUAUCGGCAGCUUCUCCAUUGGUGCGACGAGACAGACAAUAACAUCCCACUGUCGCAAUCUAUUCCGCCAAUUCAUUUGUCGCCGCCGCAAAUCUGUUCGAGCAGUUUGAAAAGGCUCGCGGCGUCGUYGGGAAAGAAAUCAGUCGGCAGCAACCACUACCACUAUGGGAUUUUYUCACCCCGAARUAGUUUGGUAAAAGAAACGGGCAUCACGAUACACUCCGUUSCUACUUCGGUAGAGGCAAAACAACUUCUGAGGGCCGUCUUUCGCAUGAAUGCAGCCACCACCGAGGAAACUGAUAGAAAAGAACAAUUGACAMUGGCCUUCGAAUGGAUGAAAGGCCUGAACGAGUUGACGCAGGGAUUGGAAGAAAUGAAAACAAACCGUUCAAAACACGAGAACCGUGAAGGGGUGAACUACCGGAUAGGGCAGGUUGUGAAGCACAAAGCAGCAGGCUGGAGAGGGGUUAUCMUUGGAUGGAAUCGAACAGACGAAGAUGUAAAAUCUUCGAACGCGACGAGUCUGACAAGUAAAUCAUAUGCAUCUGCAGAUCUAGAUCAUGGUGACUCCAACGACGAUACUAUAGUGUAUGAUGUCGCCCUGGAUUGGGGGGAUGCCGCUCUCUUGCAUUCAGCCAAACACCCAGCCGGCCUGAAAAAUGUUUACCAAUCCCACCUGACGGUGGUGGACGACCCGGACUUGAUGCGGAUACGAAGUGCCACAGAUCAAUUUCGAAGGUUUGACCUCGAGUCUCGGAGCUUUGUGCCAGGAGACGAAUUGGCGUAUGUCUACCCCAACGACAAGCCCGAAGACGAAACUGAACACUCCAGCUGGUCGUCGUACGAAAAUCCCUCCGACGAAUCGGCAAAAAAUAUUAUUGAUGGGAUCCAAUUAACAGCGAAAUAUUUGCGACAGAUCAUACUGGGAUUUACGUCGGCGCCAGAAAUCAGAAAGCUACAUCUUUUAUCUUCAUAUCUCGAUAGACUGACAAAAUUAGCAAAUCGAGACGUAGUGCCAAACGAAKAUCGAUUUCGCGACAAACAGAGUAGUAACAACAUUGACAAUGMGAACUUUGAUAAAACAGAACAAGAUGACUGCCACCAAGACGGCAUCUCGACCCAGACUUUGAUGAAAUGGCAGUUGCAGCGAUUUACRGAGUUGGCAGUCGAAAUAGAAGAUACUWUGUGGGCACGACGAAAAGCAUUAGAAACAGAUCGGUCCAACAAAUUUUCUCUGGGUCAGGUUGUACAGCACAAGAAGUAUGGCUUUAGAGGAGUYGUUGUAGCAUGGGAUCCAGGUAAGACAUGAUCGAAAUGAAAAUACUCAAUUCAUGCCAUGGCAUUUGAUGAUUUGUUCCCUUCUCUCACCAAACAUUCACGUUUGKUGGUAACAGAGCCAGCAUAUGACGUAUCUCGAUGGGAUGGCCUCCAGCACAUCGAUAAUCCAGAAGAGUAYCCAUUCUACCAUGUCAUCCCCGAUCGCAACGAUGCAAUAGUAGCCUUUGGAGGAGAAAGACCUUGGAGAUAUGUUUGCGAAGAAAACCUAGAACCUUGUCCAAAAGACAACAGAGGUCUAGAUGUAGAUCUCGAACUAGAAUGGACAAACGAYGUUAAGAAUGGCAAGUAUGUUCCACCCGAGGAGCUCAAACUACGCCAUGGAGAGCAACUAGAGGACGCCGAAAUGACCGAGAAAUGUUUGGGAGAAAUCAAGGUAAGAAUACUUYCGUGCUUCAUCGUCACAUAUGGUGUUUGCGAUUCUUCUAAAWAAUCGCCUUGUUYAUKUAUUGAACCUGUCCCCUCACAUUCCAUGUUCAAUAGGAUGCGAUAAACUGUAUUUUCUUCUCGAUACGGGAAGGGACUCGUGCUGAUAAUGAAAUGAUAGAARCGAAURACAUUCGUGACAUCGUUGAUCGAUUAUCCAUGGACAACCUAUUUCAAAUUCUCAAGCAUGUCGACAACUCGGACACGGCCGCAGUUGUCACAGAUGCGUUCAAGGAAAUAUGGAAGGGGCACAAGGAUAGAGAAAUUCGUUACAAAUUCGAUACUGGAGUAAAUWAUCUUCUGACCGGGAAGACAGAAAAAGCACUUGCGAUUUUUGGGGAAGUGGUUGACGAAGAUCCGAUGUUUGCCGAAGCCUGGAAUAAGGCAGCAACAUGUGAAUUUAUGGUAGGCAACUUGGAUGCAUCCAUGGCAGCGGCACAGAAAACAUUGGAAAUUGUACCGGGYCAUUUUCAAGCCUUGAACGGUCUUGGGUUGGUCUACAACGAAAAAAGAGAUCUAACACACGCGAGGGAUAAUUUUCGMARGAGCAUCGAACUUGAUCCAUGGUCACCGGUUGCACCGAGGCUUUCUGUUUGCUUAGAUACUUUGAAACGAUGGAAGGAUAAUUCUAUAUUGAACGUCGAGGGAAAUCCUGAUUCACCGGAAUGGAAGAAUCCUAUCACUGGCGAAUAGAAAAAGAUAUUACUUGUUUCCUUUGCCAUGCCAGAUUACUUUUCGUUCUCUACUGAUUGUAAAAGGGCGUUUUUUACCAUWCGU